AUGACGUACUUCACGGUAUAUUACGGCAACAACGAGGCGAUGAUGUUCAACGCCGAGUGUAACACCGGCUCGCUGAUGGGCCGCAUGAUUGAAUUGCUCGCGCCGCACACCACCGGCUACACACGACUGGAACUUUUGCCAAUGAACUUCGUGCUGGAGCACUUUAAGCCGUCCACCGGCAUCUCCGUCACCACCGCCAACGACGUUGCCGCAGGUGCCGCCAGCUUCGCACCGCAAAACGCUAUUAAGUCCCCGCCGUUCACUGGAGCCAUCCCUUUCGUUGGGCUCGCCACACGGGCCGUUGAAAGUUACGCCGAUGCCCUGCUGGGCGGUCCGGCAGCCGCAGCGGUCACGGCCUUUCCGACAACGACGUCAACUUCAUCCACCUCGGCGUCAGCUGCCGGCGUCUCAACGAGUGCGGCGUACUUUACAAACAACGGCGUCGGUGCUGGGCCCACUGUGCCGUCACCAGCUCUGCAAAACUGUUACGUCCUGCUUGGGUGCCGGUACCACCACUACCACCCUUCACCGCGGCCGCGGGAUCAGGCGAGCACAGCAGUCACGACGUCUGGAAUGAUGUCACCACCAUCGGCAGGUUAUAAAAAUAUAUCGAUGCCCCCAAGAAAAAUAUGUUUCUCUGAGACAGCAGCCACGCCGCAGCAAAUCGCCUCCCUCUACCGCGCACAACUUAUUGCCGCUGCAACGAUUGUGCCUGCCCCUAACAGUCGUGGGAACGGGCUCAGCGGCAGUUUCAACGGCUGGACGACAACAACACCCCAACAGGGCGGCAGCCCCAACAUAGAUCCCGCAACACUGCUGCUAUACAAGAGUGGUACUUUACUUUACGGUGCCAGUACUGCCUUCUGGCGCAAAAACUUUAGUCAAUACCUUACCACGCUGCUUCUUCCGCCUCUCACAGAGGGCAACAACAACAACACCGCGACCAUCACGAAUGCCUCGCCAACCGAACAAGAACGCAACCCAACAGCCCUCACGGAGGCAGACUCUACCCACGAUGAAAGCAGUUCACAAGACAAUGCCAUGCUGCUUCCCUCCAUGGCCACAGGACUCUUCAAGACACCAACACCCCCAAUCACCGGGUACGACGUUCUCUGGAGAGGGACGCGUGACGAGCACAUACGCCUGCAAGAAACACUGGACGAAGGAGUCUUCACAGACACCGAAAACAACAAAAAGAAGAAGUCAAAAAAAAACUGA